AAUACCGUCUCUGUAAAUUAGUCACAAUGGUAGAAGGCAAGCACUGGAGCUACGACAUCCUCAAACAGAUCGCCAUCGAGGGAUGCACCGAGGACGUGGAGGACUUGAAACAAACCCUUGCUGAUGAGAUCGGUUCGCAACGCAGAUUGGAUUGCAUACGAACCAUUGAGGAUUUAAUUGACUGCCUGGAACGAGCGGACGAACUGUCGGAGGACAAUGUGGAGCCACUGCGCCGGAUGUCGGGCAAUAUGCCGCAGCUCAUCGAGGCUCUGAGCAACUACACUCCACCGGAAAACUUUCGUGGACGUCCGGUGAAUGUGUACCAGGAACUCCGAUUGGCCGAGGAACUUCGUCAGCAGCUCCGGAUUGCGCCAGCGUCCCAGGGUGCUCAGCCAUCAGUUUCGGCACUAGCUGCCGCUGUGCUUCCAUCAGGAAUCCAAAACUAUGCCACCCCAGCUGCUUUUACGGAUAGCAAACGAACGGCGGUUUUUAAGAAAAUAUCCCAGGAACUGGGUCGCUAUUGGCGACGACUGGGCCGAUCGGCGGGCAUAGGCGAGGGCCAAAUGGACACCAUCGAGGAGCGUUACCCGCACGACCUGAAGUCCCAGAUUCUGCGACUGCUGCAGGUCAUCGAAGAGGACGAUUGCCACGAUCCCAAGCACUUUCUGCUUCGUCUGUGUCGCGCCCUGGGCGAUUGUGGUCGCAAUGAUCUGCGCAAGAACGUGGAGCAGAUAAUGUCGCAUUAGAAAGCAUUCUUUACAUGAAUUUUGUUAUGAUUUUAGUUAUUAUUGUGCUGGAGAGCAACAAUGUGUUGCCUUUAUCCUUGCCUUUAUACCAGAUCAUAAAAAUCGCAUACUAAAAAUCAUGAUCUUAUGAUAAGAAAAUGUGAUUCCCAUUUUGAAUGAUAAUAGAUAGAUUAAUUUGAUUCUC